AUGCCUCCGCGCACUGUAGUGAGGCGCUCAGUUAUUACUCAGAAGAUGGCUACUAAGGUGGCCCAGUCAGCAAACCCAAGAGCCGCUGUUCCGAGUUUGUUGAAGCUCAACCAAGUUCUGAAAAAGAGGCAGAAUCUGGUUGUUCCUCACUCAGAGUUACAAUCAUGCAUUGAGCAUAAAAGAUUCAUCAGUUCAACAUAUUCGGUCGGUGAUUAUGGCCAAAUUGAAGAACUUCCUGACUUUGAUAACGUCCAACCAGAAGAAUACAAUAACCUCUUUAGAAAAUAUCUUCUACAGUGUAAAGUUAAAUGUAACUUCAAUAGCCAACUACAAGACGUAAAAAAUAUUCAAAUGAAAACGAACUUUCUCAAUGUUAUCAUUAAACAAGUUUCUUCGCCAGAUUUUAUAAAGAUCGUUGAUAAAGAAACAUUAACAGAGUUCUUCCAAAUGCUUAAAUCGAACAUAAUUCGUUAUACUCCGCCAAUUCCAGAUCUCGCCCGAGUUCCGAUGAUUGGUGACGAUAUUACAGAUACAAUCAUCGAGGCUUCAUGGCCGCACCUUGAACUUGUUUAUAAGGCAUUCCAAUCUUUCCUUGAGAACCCUAAAAUGGAUCCAAAAUCAUUUGUCGACAAUAUCACACAAUCAUUCGUUCACAGACUCAUAUCAUUAUUCAACACUCCAGAUAUUCGCGAAAGAACUGUCCUAAAAUUGCUUGUUCAUCGUCUUUACCUCAGAUUUAAUGUUCAUCGUCCUCUUAUCCGUACCGAAAUGCAAAAUGCUCUCUAUACUUUCCUAUUUGAAGACAAAUUUUUCUGCGGCGUAAACGAAAUCCUUGAAAUUUUUAUGAGUAUUAUUAACGGAUAUUCAGUACCUCUCAAGCAAGAGCAUUUGCGCUUCUUCCAUUCGAUCUUACUUCCAUUGCAUGGUUCCGAUUUCUACCAUUCCUUUGCAGAUAACUUAGCCAUUUGUAUCGGACAAUAUGUACAGAAAGAUGCCUCUCUAAUGGUCGACUUUUUCAAGGGACUUCUUACUUUCUGGCCGAAAUCCUCUACGGUUAAGGAAGUAAUGUUCAUUGAACAGUUGGAUCAUAUUUUAGAGGUUAUUAGUGACGAUCAGUUCGAUGCAAUUAGGAUGCAGCUGUUCGAUAAGAUAGGAGAUCUAGUACAAUCUAACGCUUUCCGUGUAAGUGAAGCGGCAAUGAUUUUAUGGAGAAACGAUAGAUUUGUUGAACUGUCUAUUAAGUACUCUAACGAGAUCUUGCCAAUAAUUACCCCUAGAUUAUACGCUACUGGCAUGCAGCAUUGGAACUCAGCUAUCAAAAAUUUGGCUGUAUCCGUUAUUAGAAUUUGUAUGGAUUCCGUGAGCCCAGAAGAGUCAGCACAAUUCAACCAGAAGGUAAAGGAAAAUGAAGAAGCAAGCGCAAACCAAUUACAGAUGAAAAAGCAAACUUGGCUGGCAAUUGAACAGCAGGCGUUUACGAAUAACCCAGAAAUGAGACCACAGCAAGCAUAA